UAAGCUUCAGUCUACUUUGUGAAACCAAAUGGAACGGACGUGAUUUCGCUGUGAUUUCUGAAUUCGCCGAAAGAAGCACAAAAAUAUUUAUCAAGUUUUCGUAAAGCGUAAAAAUUAAUUAAAACAAGCAUAAAUAAAACGAUCAAGUGAAUUUUUCUUCAAUACAGAACUAACGGCCAGAAAGCGCAGUGCACAGUUUUAUUUUACUUUAGUGUUUGAUAAGAAAUCUGAGAAAUUUGUUAAAACAGUUGCAUAACCCGUGACCAUUGUAAGCGCCAAAAUAAGAACACUCGAAGGCAAGAACAAUAACAACAACAGCAACAAUAUCAUUUGUACAUACAUAACUUGCUUAUGCAAAAAGAAAACGAAGAAGAGCGAAAAUAAAAAUUCCAUUGCGGUGUAGCGGCCGUUGCCGCCGGGAAUAGAGCCGCUGCCCCGCCGGCCCACAAACAGAUGCGCCAGUAAUUCGUAUAAAAACAAAAUCAAGUACGCGUUAAUAAUCCAAUCAUUAAAACUUGCCGUGUGUUAGCUGAAUUGCAUCCAAAAGAAAAGAAAAUAGGAGCAACCUGAUUAUGUCCCAAAAUCGGGAUACUUUGAUACAUUUGAUAGCCGGCGGAUCGGCAGGCACAGUUGGUGCGGUGGUAACAUGUCCCCUGGAGGUGGUCAAGACCCGUUUACAGAGCUCAACGGCUUUUCUGGCGCCGUCAACGCGAAUUGUUGAACCCGCUGGCGGACCGGCGAAUGGCGGCGCCUCCGAGCUGCUGCGGCCGGAACAACGACGUAAGCUAAGCACAACGAUAUUACGUAACAGAUCACAGCCACAGGUGAUUGGGGGUGUGCGUAGGAUUAUGGCCAUUUCCCAUUGCGGCAUCUCGUCGACCACCCCAAAAUCCAUGAGCAUUAUUCAAUGUCUGCGACACAUUGUCCAAAAUGAAGGGCCUCGCGCGCUGUUCAAGGGAUUGGGUCCGAAUCUUGUGGGUGUGGCGCCCUCACGUGCCAUUUACUUCUGCGCCUACUCGCAAACAAAAACCACACUCAACAGUUUGGGGUUCGUUGAGCGCGAUUCGCCGCUGGUGCACAUCAUGAGUGCUGCAAGUGCAGGAUUUGUGUCGUCCACAGUGACGAAUCCCAUUUGGUUUGUCAAGACUCGCCUGCAACUGGACUACAACUCCAAGGUACAGAUGACGGUGAGACAGUGCAUUAAGCGGGUCUACGCCCAGGGCGGCAUUGCGGCAUUCUAUAAGGGAAUCACUGCUAGUUAUUUUGGCAUCUGCGAGACAAUGGUACACUUUGUCAUUUACGAGUUUAUCAAAUCAAAACUGUUGGAGCAGCGUAACCAACGCAAUACAGACACAAAGAGUUCGCGGGAUUUCCUAGAAUUUAUGAUUGCUGGCGCUGUUUCCAAGACAAUUGCCUCCUGCAUUGCGUAUCCACAUGAGGUGGCACGAACGCGACUGCGUGAGGAGGGCAACAAAUACAACUCGUUCUGGCAAACGCUGCAUACCGUGUGGAAGGAGGAAGGACGCGCUGGACUAUACAGAGGCCUUGCUACUCAACUGGUGCGGCAGAUACCCAACACGGCAAUUAUGAUGGCCACCUAUGAAGCGGUGGUUUAUGUGUUAACGCGGCGCUUCAACAAUAAGUCGAAUGAGUUUUACGAUUUUUGAAAAAAUGAAAACCAAAUGACACGCCUAUUUAAUCCCGCCCCGCAUCGGACUAGCUAACAGCGAGGAACCCAAUCUGUGCAUAUAUAGACGCGACUGCUGCAACUUAUUGUAAUUGUUAUAAGUAAAAAUAUUAAUCUUAAUGUGGUUUUCUAGACGAUUUAACCAACGAGCGCAAAUUUCUUUAAUUAGCUGAUAAGGCAACGAACUCGAGAGACUUGAGACGUUAAACGUUGAACGCACGAAUUAUGUUCUAUGUUCUAAAUUGCAACAGCAAAGGUGUAGUUAUUAUUUUUGUCACGA